UGGUCAUAUGAUCAAAACAAAGUCGAAGAUGGCUGAAGCUGUGAGAGACAAGCCCAGGAAAAGCAAGAGUAAGAAAGAUGGAAAAGAUAACAGAACGAAAAAGAAAAAAGAAUCUUUGAAUACUAUCUCCGAGGGCACAGAUUCUCCAUUUCCCAAAGUCCUAGAGGAGAGUGAAAAAGAAGCUUCAGAUUCAUUAAAAUCUGUGCUUCAGGAUCUCUCCAGCGCAGACACUGAGGAACAAGCUCCAUCAGGAGAUGGCCAUCCAGCUCAAGAAGCAGACUUGGCUUCAGAUACUGAUGUUAGAGAUCUGCCUGAUGCCAAGACAUCAGAUAUGCCUGUUGAUCCUGGAUUAGAACCAGCACGGACAGAAUCAGAUGUGUGUAAAGAUGAAGAAGAGGAUGAGAAGGUGCAGGUCUCCGGGAUUGGUGCUGUUGUCAUUGAUACUGGCCAACACAUACCCAUGGGGCCAGAAGCCGUGUCGGAGGAGCCUGCAGUGGGUAGUUCAGAUGGUGUUCAAGGUGUUUCUGAACCAGCCAUUGACGGUCUUGUUGAUGUGCAGACAGAAUCUGUGUCCAGGGCUGAACCUGUGAAAGAAUUAGAUGCUGCUUCAAACUUAUUGAAUUCUGAUGAAGUUGAAGAAAGUAAUUCUGAACUACAAUCAGAAGCUGCUCACAUGUAUCCAUCUUUGCCUUCAGAUGUAGCUGUGCCUGUUCCUGCACUUGACAGUGCAAGUGUUCCUCCCUGUGUUGACGUACAGGAAAGUGUGGAGGAAGAUACCGACCUAUUCUAUUCAGUUUCCCAGCAGGACGAAACCCCUGUCUCAGCUGAAACUGUAGCAUCAUCUAAUGAAGGUGGCGAUGUUGAUGUCAAACAAGACACUGCUGAAGACGAAAAUGUAGAUGUUGGUGACCUAAGUAAAAUUUGUGAUGAUGUACCGAACUCAGAGGCUAAAGAACAUACUGCUGAAAUAGUAGCACCCAAAGCCAUGCAACAUGAAGAACAUCCUUUGGCGGAGCCUUCAUCGAAGUUCACCGAUGAAGUUCACGAGGCUCAGGAUGUCACAGGUGACAGUUUGACCGAUGUGCGGGCAGAAGGUGCCACAGGGAUGUCUCGUCAAGAAUCUCAAUCAGAACACAGUGCUGAGGACUCCUAUGAAUUUGUCCCCAAAGCAAAGAAACCAGAGCCAGUUUCUGUGAAGUUAACAGAAAAACAGCCCCAAAGAAAUUUGAUAGAUGUGUUAGAAACCAUUGAAUCCUUCCCCAUACCAGAGCUUGAGAAGGAGUCCGCAAAGGCGGAGGCUGAUGUGAGAACUGAACCUUGUGCUGAUGCAGGGCCACUGCCGAAACCUGAAGUAAGAGAACGGGUUGUUCACAGGAAGGUGUACGGUGAAACGGCCCAGGUGUUCAAGCCCAUGACCAUUGAGCAGAUCCAGGCGUUGUAUUAUAACCCCCAACUUGCCAAAAACCCACAGUUCAUUGAAAGUUUUGUUGUGAAAGAAGCAAAGAAAGACGGCCAUGAAUUUUUCGAGAUCCUGCUCAGCUACUUCCGGUCCAGGAAGAACCUGAUCAGUGCGGAGGAGGAUGUGAAGGGGCUGCAGUCGAACUACGUGAAGCUGCAGGAGGAGAUGUGGAUCACCACCACCAAGUCCAUCAGUGCUCAGUCCGUGUGCGGCGAUGGAUCCAAGGUGUCCACGACCCAUCUGUAUGAGACCUGCAAACUGAACGAGGACUCCUUACACAGCAUGCAGGUGACUCUCCAGACCAUCAGAGACCACAUACAGGAGGAGCUGACCCUGCACGCAUACUCCUCGCAGCUCUCCAAGCUUCAGGUUGAAUCCUACCUUCACAAUUUGUUCAUGAACUCACCGGGACUGAGAGACAUCCCCAAAAACACUCCAGUUCAUGCUGCAGCCAGCCAUAGACCUGACCUUCAGCAUCAGGUUCACAAGUUGCGAGAUUGUAUAUCUGUGUUGUUUGUGUUUCACCGGCGCCCCAUCAAGGAUGUGGAGUUUGUCACCAACAUCAGACAGUGGACCGACAGACUUGUGGCAGCACUUCUAAGAGUAGCAACAUUUGAUGACCACCUGUUCACCCUGAACCACGUCCUGCGAUGUCCGACCGGGGUAGGGAAGUGGGCGACCAAGCUGAUACAGGUUCCUGAUCCCGGACCGUGCUCCAUGCAGGGAGCCUUUGGGAGCCCAGUGCUGGAUCAUCUUGUCACUGCAUUGGCUACAGUACUCUUCCCAACACAAUGCCGCGAGGAGUUUAUGAGUCAGAUGCGGACCUCCCUGACCAACGAGAGCAUGCAGAUGGAGAACACCUGGAUCCUGGUGGACUCUGACGGAGAAGAGGAUGAGGACCCGUCCCAUGCCUGGCUGUACCUCCAUGAGAAUGACAUCGUGUCGAUACUGAUGCAGUUUCCAAUCACUGCAGUGUUUGCUCAUGUGCUGAAGGCUACCAUAGACGAGUCAGGCACAUCUCACUAUCGCAUUGAACACUCCCUUGAGGCCGACAUGAUGAGGACGUUCGCCUUCUGUACCUGCUGGGUGAACCUGUUGGGGUCGGGGCUACAGACGUACUGUAUGGCCCGCUACAGACAGCUCAACAAGAGACUGGGCAAGAUGAUCAGACAAACUGUGUCCUAUGUGUCUGACCACUGGCUCAACUUCAAGGCUCACAACUCCGGCCGGCUGAAUCCCGGCACACUGACGAGGCUGCAGAUGGAGUUUGACCAGUUCUUCAUGAGGUCCACCUACUGCAUCCUCACGGCACAGAACUGUCGUGAGUCAGACUUGCUGGGGUCGUGGCAGUUCAUGGCAGACAUGCCCUACACCUGUGUGUCGAGUGACAGCAUGUGGCAGCUGUUGUGGGUGCUGCAUCAGGGACAGAGCCACACCCUGAACCUCGACACCCUACCCCCUGUGGAACAUUGUCAGGGCUAUCUUAAGGAUCCUGACAGCAGGCAGCAGUUGGCAGACAAUUUGCUGAGUCUUCAGACAUCAGAAACCAUAUACCUGCUUACGACAUUUGCCAACAUGGCUCAGUGUCGGCCUGAAGAAGAAGUAGAUUUCAUCCAGACAGUCAGCUUCGGGGUGUUCGAGAUCUCGUACACGUGCAGCCACACGCGUGAGUUCUGCUCCAAGGUGGGACGAGAGCUGCUGUCAUCCAUUGUUAUCCGACAUCCCUUCAUACUCUCGCUGCUGCUGCAGAGGUCAAAGGAGGUCAUGCCAAAACUGGGAAUGAUGUCCCUGUAUUUGUUCCGUGAGCUGCCGAUGUGGUCGUGGUUGCCUAGCGAUCCGGACAUGCUGGUGCUGAGGCAGUGGCUGCUGUUGUCAGAUCUCACACAGCCGGAGAACCAGCUGGCGAGACUUGUGCUCAGUCGGAUGAACUGGAGCAUCGAGCCACAGACGGGAGCACCUGUACUGUCAGUACGACUUCACCGCCAGGUGGCGCUACUACUUGUGGAGUGCUAUUCCAAGUACAUAUCCAACAGACACAUGGGGGCCGUCAUUGGAGAGGGGAUCAGACAGAUGGCUUCAGUUGUCCGACAGAACCAGACCCAGGAGCAGCAGUUCAACAACUGGGCCUGGGACUUGCUGCUGAAACUGAAGCUACACAAGCACAGCAUCCCCUCUCCUUCACUGCAACUUGCCGCUGAGAUGGAGCCACCAGACCUGCUGAAAGAUGACCACUUGAUGCCCGUCUCCAGGGGACUCAAACUGAAGAAUCCUGUGGCUUGCUUUGUGGCUCUCACCAUGACUAGUAUUGGACACAACAUUACAAGUUUUGUGACCGAGGGUAUGGACUACCUGAUAAGUCUGACCACAUGUAACCAGUUCUCCGCUGUCAUACACAUCAUCAGCUGCAUCGUGCCCUACUUCUACGACUCCCCUAUGUACUUCCUGCAGAGUGAAGGGUUCUUGAAGAUUCAGCAAACCCUUCUGGCCGCGGAUGAAUCACUUUUUAAGAUGGCCAAGUCAGUUUUGGGUUCCCAGUUCCCAGGAACCGUCACUAAACAGUUCACAGACAUGAUACAGUCCCAGAUAUGCAGUGCUGUGCCGGGGAAGAUGACACUGGUGAUCCUAUUCUGGCUCAAGGCACUCAUGAAAGUUCCCCGAUGGUCAACUGAUAGGAACUGCUGCUACGUGGUGGACUCUCUGGUGGAGAGGGCAUUCACCGUCCUGGGUGCAAUUGAUGAAAUGAAGCUGGUUUUUACACAAGCGUUUAAGGACAUUCGUAAAAGCGACCAGAACCAAGGUUUGGUGACGUCUGUUGUCAGUUGGAUUGCAUCUGGUGUGUCGUUGCCUUCACUGAUGGAACGGAACUCCUUCCCAGAAUUCACCUGGCUGGCCUCCAUGAUCCUGGUGGUCGAGGCCGACUAUGAGGCGGACACGAAGAUGUGGCUGUCUCUCGUACAGGAGAUGUACGCGGACACCAAGCUGUCUCCUGAUCAAGCUCACAGGCGUGUGGUCCCCAAACUGAAGUUAGAACAAGCUCCAGUUUUUGCACGUCUCAACAUUUACCGCUGGGCACAGCAAGCUCUUGAUACUCCAGUGUCCCAUCCGUUCCUCCCUGUCGUGUGGCAGAGGUUCUUCCUGCUCUACCUGGGCAGACAGGUGUUCGAUUCCAGUCUACCUCAGAGGGCCAGUGUAGGGGAGAGGUUCUUUGACAGCAUGAGCUACUCUUCCAUGUUGAAGAGGAUGAAGAAGAGGCUGGGUGAGGCUGCAGAUUACCAUAUGUAUUCACACACCAAGAAGGACAAGGGAAACAACACAGAGGACACAAGUGGCUCUGACGAGGAGACGCCGGAGAGACAGCCGGGAUACAGCAGUUCCAAGGAGUUUCACCAGAAGCUGGCCAGGAUGUACAACACAUUUGCCCUGUGGCUUGAUGAACCUCGUCUCCAUGACGCCAACCUCUACCUCCCAUCCCUCCCGGCCCAGUACGACUCAGCUCGCCUCCUGCAAGUCUUUCAGAAUCAAAUGGUGCCAUGGCUGGAGUUUGUGGAUCUGGAUUCUGUCCGGCACCAGCUGGCGAAAUCCGCCGAAGACUGGAAUAAACUGGUGAAUUCCGCAUCCUCCGAUGAUGUGAGAAACACGAUGCUCAACCCAGAGCUGGAUCCCCUCAAAGCUGCAGACCGGAUCUUGGUGCGUCUCCGUCACUACGACCCCCCUGUGUCCCCCCCGCCACUGUGCACCCUGAAGGCGCCGGUGCCAGACAUCAGCACAGCCAUCUUGGUGGAGAAACACUCCCUCAUACACCUCCUUGAUGCUGAUCUCAACACGCUCCGGGACUACACAAGGGUGUUUUCAACUCGAGUGGCCCAGCACUGUGCUGUAGAUGGAAUCUACCUUGACCUGUUACCUGUGUUGUACUCAAAUGAACUAAACCAGGUGACCUUGACCAUUGAAUGUAAGAGCAAGGUGAACCCGCUGCACAGGUGCACUAACCCAGCUGUGGCAACAGUUCAGGUGAAUGAGAAGACCAUUAACAAAAGUGUCCAGCGUAAGAUGGACGAGAAUCGGGCGGAGUACAAGCAGGUGAUGAUCGAGUGUCUCCUGCCCCCACCCCCGAGUGUCUGCACGGCAGCUGUACAUGUGGAGAACGCAAUCACGAUGCUGAUCAAGCUGUCUCAGUCAUCGACAGAUGAGAGCCAACUCGCCACCCUGUUUGACAUUGCCAACACUUUGUUCUACCACCUGGCCACCAUGAUCAACGAGGACACCAACUUCUACCUCCCUACCAAGCAGUUCUUCUCCUCGUGCCUCGAGAUACUUGGCCAGGAAUUCUUGUCCCGAGACUCCAGCCAGACUCAGCUCCUGCUUCAGUUCUGUCUGGACAACCCCAACCUCUCCUGCCACGUGUCGCAGCACUUCAUCCCCAACAACAGCCCGGAGACGUACGUGCUGAUGUACGAGCAACUCAUUCACAUACUGCAACAGAGAAACAUGGACCUGGUCUUUGCUCUACUCACUAAGUUCGACGUGUGGACUUGGCUGCAGACCUCCAAACCUCCACAGGGGGACAGGAAGAGGUUUGUGGGUAUUUUAGGUUCAGCUCUCAUGUCCUGUGGAGCUGAACCAGAGAGGAAGACCAAGCUUGUGUUUGAUCUCUACUGCAGUCAUCUCAACUCGUACCUGCAAACCAACUUCCCCCAGAAUCUGUCCGAUGUCCUCUCUCUGGUUAUACAAGGGUCAGCGGUGGAGAGGCUUCAUGUUCAGUGUUGGGAGAUAUUACUUGGCGAAUGCUUCACCCCAGUCACCCAGAGUCUGGCUCCCCAACAACGGAAGCCAUCAAUCUGCUUCUCCUUGUGUGACGUGGAGGCAUGCACAGACACAGUCCUUGCCACAACACAGCUGACGGAGACCCUUCAGUGGCUGUCCAAUCAGUUCAUGCAGCUUCGCCUCCAAGACUCGGAGACCGCCUCGUUUGGCCUCUACCCCAAGUGGAGCCGCUACAUCCCCUAUGUGUCCCACUUCCUCGGGGGACUCAUGAGAAGCUUCGUCACAAAGAUGCUGCCGAAUUUCACAGAGAUGAACCCAUACCAAGUGCUGGACAUGACAUGGAAGCAGGUCCUGGACCUGUUCGCUGCCUGGAUCCAGCCUCUGAGCAACCCCCAGCAGACCUGGUACCCCUGGAUAGAGAGUGACAGCCUCGUGGCACUGGAGAUGGUGGCCAUGUUCCGCAAGGUGGUGGACUACAUCAGAAUACAGUUCUCAGCCAAGAUGGCGGACAUGGAUGGUCGAGUGCUAGGCAUGCUGCUGAUGUACCACAUGAACUGCCUGUCCACCCCCGCCCUGCCCAUCUGCAUCGCCGACAUCUACAACCAGGAGCUGAGACAGCUCCCCUGGGAGCAGCUCAAGCCGGACCUGCAGCUCCUUGAGAUGAUGGCACAGUUGAAGGAGCGUGUGACUGCACCAUGCUUCCACCUGAUAGGCUACAUCCUGACAAAAGUGACGUGGAAUGAGCUGGUGCAGUACCUCAUGAUCUACCAGCCCCCGGACAUGACAGCCAGGUUCCAGUCAGCCCUGCUCAUCCUGCUGGUGCAGUGCUAUGGGGACAAGUCACUCCUGGAGAAACCAGAGAGUGUCAAGUUGUUGACAGCUGCAGAGAACUUCAACUGGCUGUAUGUGGGGUCGUCCAGCUAUAGGGUGGCUAGCAACUGGUUCAUGCAGUGCUGUGACCCCGUCUGUGUCCUGGCAGAAAGGUCGUCCGCUCUUGCAUUGGGGCUGAAACUGAUGCGGGUGGGAGCAGGGUUCAGCAACGACACCGGCGUGCCCUGGUCAGAGGACCUGUCCACCAAGAGAUUGAUGUACGUGCACUGCAUCACCCAGCUGCUCUGUCAGUGCUCCUACAGGGCAGACGUCAACACGGAGGCCAUCUCCACCGUCAUCGUCAACCUCCUCACAGAGAUAGAGGCUGUGGAAACCUCUGUGUUGGACAUGAAGACCCAGCAGGAAGAAUCUCUUGACUUGGUCAAGGAUGUCCUCAGUCUUCUCAACAACUGCAACCCAGAAGGCAAUGCCCUCAGUUUCGUCAUGACAACCAUCACAGACUGGCUGAAGUCCUCCCCUCACAGCAUCCUACUCACCCCCUGCAUCAAGGCCGCCAGCCGAUGCCUGGCCUCCCUACAACAGAUGGUGCAGAUCACCGAGGCCUGCAUCGAGGUCUACUUCACAGCGGACCAAAACACAGGAAGCAGUGGACAGUGGGACCACAUCCUGGCUGUUUUCCAAAUGCCGGAACUGAACGUAUCUGACUGCAUCAACGAGGCCAUCAACCAGGGUUCCUACCUGAUGCUGUACGCUCACACCCUGCAGCAGAUACCCCUGUGUCAGAGCUACAAGGAUGAACUCAAGCUGAUGGACAACCUGGUCAACUGGACCAACGACAUCAAGCCUGGUGCUGAGAAUGAGGGCAAGCUGCUGCUUUGGUGGCAAAAGCUCCUGGACCUCAUCCUGAGACAGCUGGAUGGGGGAGAGAGGAGGGUCCGCUGUAUCCUCGCCCUCAAGAAGUUCCUCAUCCAGCUCAACGUCUUCGGAGAGGACAGGGCUUCCUCAGGACUGCUUGGUGCUAUAGGCUUCGGUAAAAAGUCAGCACUGUCACUGAAGUUUCGCAUCAUGUGUCGCACCAUUGCCGCUUUCCUUGCCACCCAAAUCUACAGCGACACAGAGCUCCGCCUCCAGCCCCACCAGGCCUUGUCCAACACACAGUCAGCCCGGGCCAGCCGCACAGCACUGGUCAGUCUCAAGACCAACAAGCAGUACGCCCAGUACAAGGAGCAGAUCGAUCUGGUGUGCCACUUCGUCCCCGACCAGACAAUGUGUUUGAGAGACUCCCUAGCACUCCUGCAACAACUGGCACAAGCCUUCUUUGCCGACUGGCACUAUCUGAAAUGUAUUCAGUGAAUUAGAUAUAAGGAUACUAUUACCCAUUGCGCUUAAGGUUGAAGCUACGCUAAGAUCCAUCUUAGCCAAGUGCAGUGGUAAACCUUCAAAAUGUGAAUCUACUUGGUAUUUGGUGCAAGACUAGGCCCCAGUGCCCUUUGUGUGAGAGCUGACUAUAUACUUGUGAGAAGACUGGAUGUACUGGCUAAUUGUGUGUUAUCUUGUCCAACCAUUAUGGAUCAUUGCUUGUGCUUCCAACCACUGAUUUGCCUGACUCUGAUUGAUUAUUUACAGACCACCAUGAUGUUGUUCGAAUAUUGCUGACUGCAGCAUGAAACAGCACACACUCAAGUAUAACGUUUGUUGAGUAAAAAGGUAGAGUUUCCAAAGUUUAAAUAGGUGUUAAGCUUUUAUAGCUGGUGCUGCAUGAAGGUUUCAAUCUUUAGCAUAUAACUCCCUUAUUAAACUUUCGAAACUGACAUUACUUGCAUAGAUUGUAAAGUUGAUGUCACUAGUUGUCCCAACAGAUGUGGUGGCACGGGUGGCCCAGUAGUCUAAGGCGCCGCGAUUUGCUGUGCAGAGUUGCGUCCCAAGGGCACACCAGAAACCUAUGUUUGUGGGUUUGUAUAUCCGGGUUCGCCCCGAUUAUGUUUAUA